AUGGACUCAGAAGACGGAGAGCUGUUCAUAAAGCAACUGGCCACAUUCGUGCGCACGCAUGAAAAGGCUCUGGCCAACGCUUUGCAACUGCGCAGGCAGAACCCUCCUCGACAUGGAGCUUCGCAAAGCGUUUCGUCGGUGCCGACCGCAGGGCUCACCACUCCGACGACCGUCCCCGAACGACCAUCUACUGCUACGGCGUCCUCUUCCAAUGGACUCGCUGCGGCGCUGUCCUUCGGCUCCCUGAACUUCACAUCCCAGACGGCCAAAUCAGCAAAGUUGGCUCUCACACCGCACCACCUCUUCUACCUUCUCUCGCGAUUCGAGGAGCUCAAGAUACCUGUCGGCCCCAUGAAAGUGCGCCUCGAGAACUUGCACGAUACGAGUACCUCGGCGAACUAUGUGUCGUUCCUGGGCCAGUCCCAACGCACCAAGACUCGAGGCUCAGAUGUUGGUUCCAUCCGGUCCGUAUCCAGCAUCCGCAGUGUCAUGUCUGGGAUGUCUGCGCUCUGGUCGAAUUUUGGCAUCGGAUCGAGCAUGUCCGCCGCUCGCACCGAACGACAGAAAGCUGCCCUGGAUGCUGACCUCAAGUACCUGUAUUCCGCUUUCACCAAGGUACCGUGCCUUCGACUGGCCCCGGACUUCCGCGCUCGGCUCAUCAAGGGUUAUGAGGAAUUCCCCUUCGAUUCAGCAGUACCCCUGCACAUUUUCAAGAACUGCCAGGCGCUCGAGGUUAGCGACAUCGACUUUCGGCAAUUCUUUGGUUGGGAUCGCAUGGCGGAUCAGCUGAGGUCCCUGACGGUCAAGCGAGCCAGUCUUGCCGACCCCGCUGAUAUUCUCAUCGACAUUGUGCUUGACGACAUGGAUAAGAGGAGACGCCGAACAUCAAAGUCGCAUUCAUCACCGACAACUACGCGGCCAGGGACUGCCAGCCCACGGAGGAGUAUGACGUUGGCAACGCCUGCUGAUUUGAAGAAGUCGACCUCGGCACCGGGAUCGCCAGGCACACGGCCUACCGAUUUGAAUGUUGGCUCCAUGGGGAGUGAGACGGCCGUCGAUCAUGAGCACGAGCUUGCCCUGCGGAAUAGUGCGCUUCCCGCAUCAAAGUGGCGUUUCCUGAGGCAUCUGAGUCUGGCAGAGAACGGCCUGGUGUCAAUUCCUGAGGCGAGUCUUGCUCCCUUGGCCAACACGCUGUACUCGCUUGACCUGUCCUCGAACGAGUUCAACGAGAUCCCUGACAGCUUGGCCUCCCUUACUGCGCUCCGGGCCCUCAACCUUUCAAAAUGCACUAUCGAGUCUCUCCAUUCACUUACUCGCAACCCGCUGCCAGCGAUCACGGCACUGAACCUUCGGGACAACCGCCUCCAAUCUCUGGCCGGGGUCGAGAGAUUGUACCCACUCGAGAGGUUGGAUCUGAGGGACAACCGCCUGAAGGAUCCUGUCGAGCUGGCCCGUCUGACGAGAAUACCCGACAUACGGGAAAUCUGGGUCGAGGGAAAUCCCUUUACGAGGACACACAAGGACUACCGCAUCACAAUCUUCAACCUGUUCAGGCAGUCGCCUGGCUACACCGAGGACGUUCUGAUUGACAUGACGGGCCCUACCUACUCGGAAAGGAAGCAUCUCGUCGAACGCACCCAGGAGCCUGCUCCUGUUCCCGUCAUCAAACCUCCGGUUCCAGAGCCGAAGGCGGUCGACGUCAGCAAGCCGGCGAUCGUCUACGAAAACCCAAAGGAACCUGCGGUGCUUCGCAAAGAACGGCCUGCACCAAAAGUUACAGCCAGUGAGGUCAACACAAACUCCACUCGAAGCCGUCGCAGAGCGCCAAAAAGGCGAAUUGUGGAUCUGGCGGAUUCUCAGGCUCACGUCGCCAGACAGCCAGAUGAGAACGAGUCGAUGGGGGCCAUGACUGGCCUCGAUAACAACUAUCGUAUAUCACAAACCACGGAGGUACAUCAAAAUAACCCGGCCGUGCUAGAGGAAAGCCGCACCCAGGCGAGCCGUGGUGUGCCCCGUAUCGAUACAUCCGUCAUCCCCAAGUUACCACCUGUGACUCCUACACAGGAGAUUGGAACUCCAACAUCAUGGACGGACUCCCAGAAAUGGGACGUCGGAGGCGAGAUGUAUCGACGCAAGAUUGAAGCCUUGCGAACCCAAGUUGGUGACGGCUAUCUCAACGUUCUCAGUGAGGAGCACUGGGACGUCAACGGCACACCACACUUUCCAGGGUCGCGUUUUGGUCAUCCCGACUCGCCUUUACACCCGAGUUCGGCCGUACAUCGGCCAACUUUGCAACCUAUUCAUAGCGGUCGAACCCUUGGAUGA